UUCAAUUGAUCUCUUUCACGAUGUCGCGAUUUCCUUUGCUUUUCUCGCAAGUCGUCCUGUUCCUCUCGGCGAGGGCCGCCUCAUCGGAGGUGAAAGAGCCGACCUGUCGAAUCAUCGACGGUUACAACAUCUGCCACUAUAAAGGGGCGCUCGUCGAAGUUACGCAACGCCGUUUCGAAGAUCGAUUGGACAUCAGCGACCUAAAUCUUCUGGCAAUUCGAGAAGAUGCCUUCAGGAACGUGACGGCGACGCACUUGUAUCUGAAUCAAGGCAACCGGAUAUCUGUGUUGAAGAGGGGGUCCUUCCGCGGUUUGCCCAACUUGGAGCGUCUCCACUUGGACGAUAACGUGGUACCGUUGUCGGAGCACUUGUUCGCGGAAUUGGGACACCUGCAGUCGCUGUCGUUGAUCUUCAACAAGAUCAAUUCGUUACCGAAAGACUCGUUCGCCGGCCUGUCAAGUCUGAUGUGGCUUUACUUAGGUCACAACGAUAUUGAAGCGAUCGAGGCAGAAUCCUUCUCAAAUCUAAAUCCUGAGCUGUUAUAUCUGUGGCUCAAUAACAAUAAAAUCACUCGCAUCGCUCUGGAUUCUUUCGCCGGAUUAACCGAACUAAACCGCCUCCACUUGGACUACAAUCGGCUGGUGGACUUGCCAAGCGGUAUCUUUCGAGGAUUGAACAAGUUGGAGGUUCUUUACUUAAAUGACAAUCGGAUAACGAGCGUCUCCAGGGCGCUUCUCCGUGACUUGGUUGGUUUGAAGAGACUCUUUCUUCAGCAGAACGAGAUCAGUGCUCUCGAGCCGGAAACAUUCCGGGAGUUGUCACAACUGGAACUACUGCGACUGGACGGAAACAAACUGUCUCACAUUGUAGUCGGCACUUUUACUGGGCUCUCCAAUCUGGAAGAGGUCAAUCUGUCCGACAAUAACAUCCAGACGGUGGAUAAUGGCGCUUUCGCUGCUUUCGCCAAAUUGCGAUAUCUCUACUUCAGUGGCAACAAUUUUACCGAAAUCGACAAGGAGGUCAGUGGCCUCUCAGACGUUAGGGUCAUCAUGAGAUAGGGAUCUACUUGUAUAGACGUACAGUCUUGUAUAGUUGUUUUACAUAAUCAAUGUAAGAAAGAAAGAAAUAAAUCCUUCAUU